AGCAACGUUUAGUUGACGUAAUAUAUUUAUGAGUAGUCAUUUGGAAUAUCAAGAUUUACUUGAGAACUCUGCUUAUGAAGAGCCAAAGGGUCGCAAGAACAUUUUUCACGGAAUAAUAAUAGCUGUGAUUGCUAUAACCUGCACUGGAGCUGGGCUCCCACUUAUCACUAUGUACAAUGAAGUUUCGGUGGAAAUCAUUGGAAUUUGGAGAGUGCAAAUGACUCUUAUAUACUUAAUUCCUGUCUCAUUUAUUAUUUUGGUGAGGAACAAGAUUAAGCUAAAACAAGUCUUAUCAAAGGAAUACUGUGGAAGAAUUGUGAUUGGAGCGACUAUCUACACGUUUGGAACAUUCUUAUCUAUCAAAGGGGGUAGGCUCACUCUGAUGUCACAUGUAGCCACUCUGUCUAACUCUGGAGGAGUCUUUAUCGUGUUAGUCAGCAUCAUAAUGUGCAUGAGAGUCCAUAAGUUUGAGAUUUUAGGGACAAUAUUGGUAGUGGUCGGGAUCAUCGUGCUCUUAUUUGAUAAAAGCUCAGAAAAAUCUGGCUCAGAGACAAAUAUUAUGAAAGGAGAUUUGCUAUCUCUAGCUUCGAUGCCUUUAUAUACUAUCUCUUCCAUGAUCAAUGAUAAAGCUCGAUCCAAGCUUCCAUCUAUGGUCGUCUUUUGACUGUUUUCUAUUGUCCAACUUUUUGUGUAUGGAACCUAUUCGGUCAUAGUCAGUGGUCAAGAUCUGGAAAUUUUGUUCUCAACUCAUCAAACAUAUGGGUUCUUCGGUUGGAUGCAACCUGAUACGAUACUAUUUUCCUUAGUUGUGAUCGGCUUGGUAUGAGGAGUACUUGGAGUUGGAAGUUACAUCUACCUUCUUGAAUAUUUCCCGCCUCAUAUCACUUCUGGAAUAUUCUUACUAGAGCCAUUUGUAAGCCAAUAUAUGGGAAUUCUCUUGGGAGUAGACAAGUUCCCAAGCUUUGUGACUUACGUUGGAGUAAUCUUCAUUAUGUUUGGAAUGGCUUCAAAUAUCCAGGGUUACAGACUUAACCAGAAAGAGCAGACACCAAAAAUUUCAUCAAUAGAGCUUCCAAAUGCGAGUUUGUCCUCUGAAGAGAUGCGUAUCCUCUAG